AUGGAAACCCCCGCUGACCGGCAAUUUGCCUCCGCAACCAGCAGGUCCGAGGGCAGGUCUCAUCCACUGCUCGAGCCAUCUCCGGUCGCCGGCCGGUCUGACGCCUGGUCGCCAGCUUCCUCGUGUCUCUGCGGCGGAGGCGGAGGCGGAGGCGGCAGCAGAACCGGUGCUGACGGCGAGGCAGGCCUGCCGAGGAGGCGGCGAGAAAGUGGGACGGCGAAACUGGCCAGACUGAAAAGUGUCGAGAAGGGAAGAAGUGCCUCGGAAGAGAGCCGAAAAAAGCGGUGGGCAGACACUUUUGAGGCGGAAGAGGAUGAUGAGCAUGUGAAGGAGGCCAGAGAGGAGGAGGACGAAGAUGGAGAAGAGGAGGAAGAGGAAGAAGACAGCCGAGAAGAGAGGCAAGUGAAGGGCGAAUGUGUGAGAGAAGCCGAACGAAAAACAGCGCAUGUAGAGGAAAAAGAGGACAUUAAGAAAGAAUUCGACAACUUCAAGAUGUACGCACCGAAGGGACCGGUUGCGAUGAUACCUUUUGCCAGAGGACAAUAUCGUUCCGAGAUUUUAGACGUCCGGCUCGACGCUGCUGACGGCAAGCGAACCUGGAAGGGGACCAGAUUUUCUGCAACCGGCUUGGCAAGUUCUGUAGAAGAGUGUCAACGACAUGUUGCCAAAGACUGGACGACGAAGGAGAUGUGGGAUCAAGAGAUGAUGAAGCGAGCAGUCGCCGGAGGAGGAAAGAGGACAAACGAACAACUGACAACGGAUUCGGCAGAAGAUGUAAACGGCGCUCAAGAAGAGAAAGGGAAGAGGAAACGACACAGUAAGGAUGUGACGAAACACUGGCCCACAGCAACCGAUGGGACAAGCGAGCCGACCGGCAGGGAGCAUAGGGAGUUGAUGGGAGAUGAGCAAGAGUGGCGCGCUGAUCAGCUGGGCAAACUGGGC